CUACACCAGAAAUGGUAGCGGGUCUAACUAACUAACUAACUCCUCAUUAUGGCCAUAGUUGAGAACGUUUGCACAAUAUCCCGAUAUAUUACCAGUAUAAACCGAAAAAAUCUCAUGCAUUAGACACUAACGCAAAAAACCAUCCCUAUUUCUUUCCUCUUUUUCACACUCGGUUAAACGACAUAGAUCAAGGAUAUUGACAAAGUAACAUAAAACAUCGAGUGAGUUGAAGCGAAUCAAACGAGCACAAGUCAGAAGAAAUGUUCUACUGUACAUAAAAGAGUAAUGCUAGAGCAAACAUUGAAAGCUUGCUUAAAGUCUUUACGAAUUGACAAGAAACAUUAGUUCAACGUAUAAGAGGCCUGAUAUUUAAGAUAAAUAUAUAUAUAAAAUAACCCUGUUCAUUGCUGUAGGUAACUAAUAUGAAUCCACUAAUAUCCAAAACACCAGCAACAACCAAGCAAUGGACACAACUGAAUAUCACUCUAGGUCAGGCAUCCUAUGCCCAGGAACGGAUAUGGCUGGAUGAACAAUUACGACUUAGCAUCACUGAAGAGGACAAAGGCUUACAUAGUUAUAAUUCUCUUCUUGUAUAUAAAAUAACAAGUGGCAGUGUAUCGAUUCCAUGUUUACGAAAGGCAAUCAAAUGUGUAAUAAACAAACAUCAAAUAUUUCGAACAUCACUGAACUAUGAUACAACGCAAUAUUGUUUGAAGCAGUCAAUCAAUCCCUCACAAGAUGACAGUUGGUCUUAUCAAUUUACUCGCUCGCAUCUUGAUGAUAACGAGAAAAUCGAUGAAUUAGUAUUCAAUGAAGAAACGUCGAACAAAUAUUUUAAUUUAGAUCAAGGUCGUCUAUUUCGAUGCCAUUUAAUCAAACAAACGGAGACUGUUAACAAUAAUGACAUACUGAAUGAAAAUGAUCUAGUUUUAUUGAGUUUUCAUCAUUCAGCGAUCGAUGAACAUUCACGUUAUCUGUUUCUACGGGAUUUAAAAUUGGCCUAUACCAGUGGACAAUUAAACAUUGACGAUAAUGAACUUCAGUACAUUGAUUAUUCACAACAUGAGCGUCAAAUGGAUAUGACAGAGCUGAAAGAGUUCUGGAAAAAAAUGUUGACUGAUUUUCCUUUUGAACACCACUUGAAGUUACCAUAUGAUCAUUAUUUGACCAAGAUUGGUUCUGGAUCAUCUUUUCCAUUUCAAGUGGAUAAAUCGAUGAUUCGACAAAUAUUCAGAUAUAAACAAAAAAGGAAUGUAACGAUGUUUCGAUUAUUUUUGUCAUGUUAUUAUGUGUUUUUGUUCAAAUUGAUAAAUGAAACAGAUUUAUGCGUCAAUGGUUUAACGCCUAAUCGUUAUCGAUCAGAAUUAGGUAACAUAAUCGGACCAUUCGAGAAUAUGCUUCCUUACAGAUUUCAAUUGAAUCCUCAUCAAUCAUUUAAUGAAGUAGUCAAACAAGUAGAACAAUUAUGUCAAGAUAUAAAAGAAAAUGAUCGUUUACCUUUUCAGGACAUAAUUGCAUUAUAUCGAUCCGCGGCAGUCCGAUCAUCAUCAUCAUCUUCUUCGGCAUCCAUGAAACUGCCAUUUAUGCAGACAUUACUUCGCGUUGACAUAGAGGAUGAUGUAUGGCAUCUGGAUGAUGAGAAGAACACAGUUUUAAAUAAACUGUCACCACCAACUGAAGGUACAUAUAUACGAACGACGAAUAUAACACCGAUCGAUUUAACACUGAAAGUCAAAUAUAAUUUAAAUAACAAAACACUUGGCUUUUCUUUUGAAUAUGCAGAUAAUUUAUUCGAAGACAAAACGAUCGAACUCUUAUCAAAACGAUUUCAGCAGUUACUCAAACAUUUAUUCGACGUUUCAUCAACAUUUGACUUAGAUGAACAACCAGUUUAUGAGUUAUCGAUAAUAUUAUCGGAUGAACAACGACUUAUAGAAAAGGUUAAUGCAAACACCUUGUAAUUUAGAAACUGUAGCGACAAUCCGUGAUGGGUAUGGGCAUAAUUAUAAUUAUCCGCUGUCGGAUUCACCGAAAAAUUCUGCACAUAGCGCCCAAUUUUUACCUAACUUGGUUCAGCGCGGCAAAAGUACAUAAUUUUCUAAUGAUUUACGUAUAUUAAUGCAAAAGUUCAAUUUAUCGUGCAACUUUCCCUAAGCAACUAAGUUCUACUGAUGGCCCAGGUGUGUUUCUGCGACUUCCUUGCUUCCUUGCUCUUUUCUUUUCCCAAUGCUAUGGUAACAGCCAUAUUGAACAUACUAUACGCCAAUAUUAGCACCAAUGAACAGUGACAGUUCCACGACGGUGAGAAACUCUUGGGAUAUAUAGCAUUCGAAAUGUUAAUUUUCUGUCUCACUGUUGUUCUACUUAUGUAACAAAUUCUCUUGCUUAUGAGAUUAAUAUAACGCAUGUAUUAAAACCGUAUUAAAUCCACCACCCAAAAAUCACCAAUCUGCAAAAAUCUUUGUAGAAUCUGCCUUUUUUUCUGGUGUGAAAAUAAACGUAUGUCCCACAGUAGAAAGAACCUGCGAACAUUCUACAGUUUUCUGCAAAGAAGCUGUAAAGAUUUUUGAGCAGAUCUGCAUCGGACCUUUGACCAAAUGUUGAUACAUUUAUAUUAAAUCUGCAAAACCUUUGCAGAAUCUACAAAAUUUCUGCAAAGAUUUUUGCAGAUUUAUGCAGCAAAAUUCAUCUGGGUAGGUCAAUAAAUUUAUUCCAAACGAUCUUGAACGCAUGAAUAUACCGAAAGUUGAGAGAAUAUGCGUUCGAACAAGUUCUAUAUUCAAAUAUUUGUAACGCGUUGCAACGACUCUGCAUUUGAACGAGCUGAAACGCGUGUUAAAUGAAAAUUUUAAAACAUCACAUAUCGUAACCCGUUAGUUUUAUUCUUAUUUCUCGAACGCUCUGAUGUGUAGAUUUUAUUGAUAUGUUCUUUUUUAAAUAAAUAUGUACCAUUCUUUUGUAGUAUUAAAGUAUCGGGUGCCGUAAAAACAUCAUUUACUCAGCACUUGCCUGCAAUAAAAUGUCAUUUUUACGAACACUUAUUCAAUGACUGCUUCAUAACUAUGAAUGUUACGGUCAGGAAGGGCUUAUUCUGCAUAUAAAGAUUUUUACUGUUUCUUGUGGCUGUCUUUAGGCCGUCAACCGGCACUUAACAGCCCAUUUAUUUGCUGUUUCUUUUGACUUGGGUAACGAUCUAGAACCAUUUCCGAUUAAUUAGCUAGCCUUUUCUUCGUAAUUCCGAUUGCCCACUUUUACGUGAAAAAUACAUUCAAUACUACUAGGAAAUAGAGCAAAUAUUGCUGAUCAAAAUGAGAUAUCUCCUAGCUCUGAAUGAUGUUCUAAUCAAUAGUUAUGAGAGUUUUGCGGGAAGCCCUAAAACAUGUAUUAGAUAUCGGCGCCACCAUAUCUCGAAGGCGACUUUCACCUUACUACCAUUGCGUAGCUGCAAGUUUUCUAGAUAACGAAACAUCGCAGAGAGCUCAGGAGCGUCUUAAAGUGAAGCUGACAUAUGUGGUUAGAUCCUAAUAGAGCCCAAUUUUGGAU